AUGCUGCACAUGUACUGGUCAUCAGCUGAACCCAUGACCAAGGAGGUGGCUUCAAAAGGGGCCUUGAAAAAAGCCGAUGAGGAGUUGAAAGAGGAGUUGAUGCAGCGAUUAGUGGAUUCAAAAUUGCUUGGGGCAGCUCUCCAGGUGUCUUUCAAUCAUGAUCCAGCACGGUUGCCACUCCGUGAGCUGCCACAUGGGUCGUGGUCAGAAUUGUUCUUGAUGUACAAGAGUUAUGCUGGUGUUAAGAAUGAACCUCAUGCUUGUAGAGCUACUUUUUUCAAGUGGCACAAGAAUGGAAACCGUGCCUUCGAUUCCACAAGAAGACACAACAUGCUCAGUGUGCAACCUGAUUUCAGGCGAGAGGCUGAAAUUUCCAGGCAGCUUUUUGCUCACUUCACCAGGACCUGGCGUGAUCGCCAGAUUUACUGGCUGGCAAAGGAACGAGCAAGGGUUCAACAAGACCUAUUAGUGGUGAUCGUGGAUAGUUAUGACCAUGCAAAAAUGUCUCUGCCCAAAUUUCCAAAUGGACGAACCCCAAAGAGAAGUCUCUACGAAAACACAAGGCGAACAUUCUUGACCCUCACAGGGUGCAUAGUGCACGGCAUGGGACUUUAUCUAUACACCUCAGAUGAAGGAAUGCCUGGUGGUUCAAAUUGGACCCUUGAAUGUGUGAUGAAGUCUAUCGACCACUCCUGGGCACGGCGAAGGGCUUCCAACAAGGAGAUGCCCAGGGAGUGUCUUCACAAGAAGCUCAGCCCCCUGUUUCACAAGAGCGGCAUGGACUUCAGGAUUGAGCAUAUCGAUACAGUCAGAAAUUGGUGUCAGCUUAUGCCAACAUCAUCGACUUUGAAGAAUGCUUAUCGUGGCCGUAAGUCUGAUGAAGAGACCAACAUGAAAGUUCCUCAAUCCUUUUCAUUCAUGUGCCGGGAAGACAUGCCGGGACAAGGACAUGGAAUACAAACAGAUGACAAUGUACCGAGGAGGUUACGGACCCAAGGUGACCUUAGAGAUGUGUUCGCCAUGGUGGAGAGUUACAUGAGUGAUACAGUUCUCAUCCAACCUCCACUCCUGGUAUACCCAACAGCCUUUCAAAGUAGCACUGAGCGCUAUUUUAAUGAAGUGAACCGUACAGAGCAUGUUGUACAGCAAUCUCUAGAUUCAGAUCGUGCAGCCGAUCUAGCCGCUAUUGCUGAUGCUAUCAGCAAGGAUUUCCCUCACAUGGAAAGGAGUGUACGAUACUACAGGAGCUUAAUUGAUCAGGGUCGGCCCAGGAAACCAUACUCAAGGAUUGGUUUCUUGGAAGCAGGGCCAAUGGUACAGCCUCCUAUGGGGAAUAUUCAACUGGGAGCAGAACCGCCUGAACCAAGAAACCAUUGGUUACAGGUGAUUGCCAAAACCAACCUGGGGCAGCAUGUGCAAGAUGUUCUAGGUGAUCCCGCAGUGAAGAAGCAGGUGCUGCAGCGCUUGACUAUCGACCGAUUUGAGAACAUUGACCCGAAGCCCACCUUGACCUUGGUGCCUCAGAAUAGCCUUGCUGAGUUCUGGCUUCCUCUGACUGCAUUUUGUGUGGGACAAGACGCCAAGAACGGAGUUGGCUUCGUGACCAGUGAGAAACAAGCUCCAAGUGAUUUGGAUCUCCUGGGGGCUAUAGGGCAAGCAGUGGAUGUAGAGCUUCGGGCGGCUAAGGCCAAGCCAGGGGCUUCCAAGGCAUUAAAGGACUUGCUGUCGAAAUGCAUCACAGAGUUCAACAAGCUGUGCACCAUCAAAAAACAUCGAAUAGACACAGCCCGGAAAGCCCUCAUCUACAACCUGAGCUUGGACGCAGAUCUUGGCGCCAUCAUGAGAGCCGCUGAGGAGUUUUCCUGGGAACGCAUCCCUUUCAUCUUGGAGAUUCGCGGUGCCUCUGUUGAAGAGUUCAUUGCGCAAUCCCAAGACCGUCAAAAGAAUGCCUAUGCCAAGUCCAUGACUGCAGCUUUUCAGAAUUGGGUCCAGCAACUCCAAAGUGACCAAGUUACUUUCGAGAGCCAGCGGAUCAUGAGUGAGAAAGAAUCUGCAAAGCGGCGCACGAAGCUGAUUGGGCAGCUUGAGGAGCUUCACAAACGAGCUUGGGACCUGGUCGGAACCUACCUGGCAUCGAACUUACGGUUCUUUGCAGGUGCAGCCAAGGAGGCGGAAUCAACAGUGCUUCCCCUACUUACAAGCUAUGUUGAUGAAGCAUUCGCAGACAUACCGGAGUGCCGAUCGACGGACGAUCACGGUGUGGUCCUUUGGAUCAAUUUACCAUGUUGUGGAGUUGUGCCACUUCACAAGUAUGAAUGGUGUGUGACAGCGGUGUCAAACAUCCUGGCCCUCUAUCGUCGCAAUGGGAUCGCAUUUGUGGUACAUGCCAACAGGGGUCAAGUUGCUGAGAGGGCUGGUAAGCUGAAAGUGUUUUUUGUUGAUGAGGACGUCAAGGAUGAACCUGAUGAGCUGAUGGGUCUCAUCAAGAAAGAUGAGAUGGAGUCUGGCAGUGAUGAUGAGCAGGAAGCUGCUGGCCCCAACCAGGAAGAUUCUGACAUUCGAGACAUGAAGUACCGACUUGAGAAAGAUCUGUCGCUGAAAGAACGCCAGUUGGUGAUCAGAAACAUCACAUGGGUGUUUGACAAGGACUCCGUGUAUGGUCGCCGGGAUGGUGCAAUCACUGGCCUUGCUGUCAUACAUCGUGAUCGCGCCAAUGCUUUCAAAACCUCACCAGGAUACAGGAGUGGGGUCAUUCAUGAUGUGCAAAUGCUGCAACGUGCCCAGAUGUUCCAACCUCCUGCACAGCAGAACCGGCAGAACCUGCCCCAUCUUGGAAGGGCCUUUACAGACACCCAGGAGAUGAAACAGGUGGCUGGUGGCACUGACAUCGUGAAACGGACCUUGGCCAGCUUCAUCCCUCCCAGCAUGCACACCACUAUGAUUCUGGAUUUGCUGGCUUACGAUGCAUUUCCAGCACUGGCUGCACUUGAGGAGGUGGCCUCUUCAAAGCGUAUGAUGUGCGGAUCAGUGGUCUUGAACGCGGCGCCUGGCACAUUGCAGACUCGAGUUGCCAAUGCUUUGUAUGAAUCAUGCCGGAAUGGGAGCGCAGUCCUACCCAACUUUCCAGAGUAUGAACCGGUGGUGAAAGCUUUGCAGGAGAACAACACCAUUGACAACUCUGUUGGGUACAAAGUGUGCGUGGCAAAGUGUGGGCGCUUACUGGUGCUGCAGUCUUUGGCUCGUCGAUGGACUGAGUAUGAGGGAACCAAAGAUCGUGCACAUGAGCUGAUUGUCGAGCACAACAAAGGCUUCAAUGUGGAUGGGGACUACAUGGAAGAUGAUGAAAGGCCAUGA